CGGGAAAGGUGACCGUCAGGGAAAUCUUGCCGUCUGGCUUCGUCUCUGGCUGUUCGCUCAUCGCAGCUCAGGCGGCGAGACAGCGAAGACGGCAAGCAAAGUCGGUCAAGGUCAAGACAGUCGGAUACGCUACGCGUCACGCGACUGAAGCACAAGAUCAACCCAACCCACUGCAUUGAUACGACGAUAGGGCGCUGACAAGCAAAGUCGAGGCCGUCUGAGCAGCAGACGAUCCAGUUGGAUCGCAUGGACGACUUUGAGAGCGUGCUAUGGAUCGCUCGUGAAUGCUACGUGUACCAGAUACCACCUCGGUCGAGUGGAGCAGGCUAUCGGGCGAACGACUGGCAAGUCGACAAGUUCCUAUGGAAGGGUCGCUUACGAGUCAUGGAGAUUGGUUCCGGCACGCCGUCGAGAGUCGAGAUCAAGCUCGAAGACGAUAGCACGGGUGACGAGUUCGCGGUGUGUCCCUACGAUACCACUGGCGCUGCUGUCGAAGCCGUGCUCGAUUCGUCUCGCUACUUUGUGCUCAGAGUGCGAGACCGAGCGUCGGGCAAGCAUGCAUAUCUCGGCAUGGGCUUCCCAGAGCGAUCAGAUGCAUUUGAUUUCAAUGUCUGUUUACAAGAUUGGAAGAAACGGCAGACGACACCUGUAGCGAGUGCAGAAGAUGACAGGACGAAGCCAUCACCUCAUCUGCCUGCCGGCGGACCCAAAGAUUACAGCCUCAAUGCGCCGGUGACGAUCAACAUUGGCAAACUAGGCAAGAGACCGGUUGGCAGUGCAACCGCAGCUUCUAUAGGCGGAUUGGGGGCAGGUCUGCUACCGCCGCCGCCUCCUGCGCCCCGGCGAGCACGCGAUGGCUAGCCCUGCAGCAGUCUACACGCAGACCGGAACCCAAUGUUGUACCUCUACGCGCUGAGAUCUUUUGCAAGGCCACCAGGCCCGCUGCGUCGAAUACGCGAC